AUGGGUGUUCAUGGACUGUGGACAGUCGUGCAGCCUUGCGCAAGGCCCAUCAAGUUAGAAACGCUCAACAAGAAGCGUCUUGCAGUGGAUGCAUCUAUCUGGAUCUACCAGUUCUUGAAGGCCGUCCGCGACAAGGAGGGAAACGCUCUGCGCAACUCGCACAUCGUUGGCUUCUUCCGCCGGAUAUGCAAGUUGCUGUACUUCGGGAUCAAACCGGUGUUCGUCUUCGACGGCGGCGCACCAAUCCUCAAGCGACAGACCAUCAACAAUCGGAAGAAACGCCGGGAGGGCCGCCGCGAAGAUGCAGUCCGAACGGCAGGGAAACUGCUGGCAGUGCAGUUGCAGAGAUCGGCCGAAGAAGCGGCAGCAGCGAGCCGCCAGAAACGAGUCGCGGACCGGGAGGAGGCAGUGCCAGAUAACCCUGUGUAUGUUGACGAUGCCUUUAUGACAGAAAAGGAAAAGAACCAGACGCGCUCCUUCAGGAAGAAGGAUGCCUACCAUUUACCCGACUUGCAAGUCUCCCUCGCGGAGAUGGGAGCGCCCAACGAUCCCCGCAUCAUGUCUCGAGAAGAACUCGAGGAGUAUGCCCGGCAAUUCCACCAAGGUGAGGAUAUCAAUCUAUAUGACUUCUCCAAGAUAGACUUCGAUAGUCCAUUCUUCGUCAGCCUCCCGGCUACGGAUCGGUACAAUAUCCUUAAUGCGGCCCGACUCAGAAGUCGCCUGCGUAUGGGUUACUCGAAGGAGCAACUAGACACCAUGUUUCCUGACCGUAUGGCCUUUUCGAAGUUUCAGAUCGAGCGUGUCAAGGAACGAAACGAUCUUACGCAACGCUUAAUGAAUAUCAACGGCAUGAAUGGGGAGGAGGCAUUUUACAAAUCUGGGCAGAGAAUAGCUGGUGAAAGAGGAAAGGAGUAUGUCCUAGUCAAGGACAAUACCAUCGAGGGGGGCUGGGUGUUAGGUGUGGUGGGGAAUAAGGAAGGCCAGGAGGACAGGCCAAUCGAUGUUGACGAGUACGGCCAGCAUCAGGUGGUAGCUCCGAAGGAGGAGUUUUCAGAUGACAGCGAUGGCGGCUUUGAAGAUGUCCCAAUCGAGGGCCUCAACCGACUCCCUAAGCUUCCUUUCCUGCGAGAAGGCGCUUUCGACGAAUCGAUCAUGAACCAGAUGCGUGGUGAUGUGGAGGGCAGGAGGCCCUCGGAUAUUGUGGACGAUGACUCUUUAUUCGUUCGCAACGACCCACGUACGAGCUUCCCAAGUAAUGAUCUCACUAACGGCGACGAUAUGUUUGACGGUCUUGAAGAUAAUGAUGAGGAGCUCCAGCGCGCUAUACAAAUGUCUCUGGAAACCCCGGCCCACGGCCAAGACGACAAAGACAUGCCAGAAAUCCAAUUGAAUCGAAGCGAAGCUUCCUUACCCCAGCCAAGGGAUGAGCCCGCGGAUUUCAUGGAUGAAAGUGAAGAUGACUUUGACUUUGCGGCUGCUCUAGCUCAGACUAAGAGGACACAAAAGACCGCCCCUGCUACUCGUGUGGACAAUCCAUUUGACGGUCCUUUGCCUUUUGAGUCAAUGCAGCUCAUGAAGCCAAGCAAGGUCAAUGAGCCACGAAAAGAGCAGGAAACCGAGAAAGACCAAGCUAAGGAUGAAGGGGAAGCGACAAAGCCCAAGAAGGAGGCUUUGCCUCUGCCCCCGUGGUUCUCAGCGGCAUCCCGUGAUACUCAUAAUGCCGAGUUCAUCGCCGACGAGGUUGAAUCUCGACCAGCUAGGGAAACUCGUGGUGAGAAGCACGACUCGGACACACUUUUCGUACGGGAUGAGGCAGCAAAUCACAAAUACACUCGGCGUGAACCCGCGGGUAGAAAAGAGGUCAUCAAUGUUGAUUCCGAGUCUGAAGGGGAAGAAGAGAGCUUACCUACUCCGACUAAUGCUCCGACGAUACACACCACACUAACUACUGUGGAGGUACCCGUCUCUGAAAAGUCUAGUGAACAUUCUCCACCCGAGACAUACUCUAAUGACAUUCCAAAGGAGUCUGAACCGGUCAAUGAACUUGAACCAACUUUAUCCAAUGGCGACAUAGCCAACACUACUGAAAACUACGACAUUGCACGGUCCGAAUCGUCUCCCACUCCUGAGUUCGAGGAUGUCGCCAUACCGCAUAUUGGCAGGCCUGACGAUGCUAUGCCUGGAGCGCAAGAUGAUUUCGAGAACGUUCUUGUUGACACUGGAGACAGCAUCGAGCAGGAAGACUAUUCUGAUCCUGAAGACGAGGAUUUAAUGCAGCAGCUUGCAGCUGAAGGCGAAGAACAUGUCCGAUUUGCUGCCGCCCUCAACUCUGAGACGAACACCGCUAGUGGAUUCGACUAUGAGCAGGAGCUUAAGCAAUUGCGGUUUCAGCAGAAGAAGGAUCGCCGAGAUGCCGAUGAGGUGUCGCAAGUCAUGAUCACGGAGUGCCAGCAGCUGCUGUCGCUCUUUGGCUUGCCGUACAUUACCGCGCCCAUGGAAGCUGAGGCCCAGUGUGCGGAAUUGGUUUCUUUAGGGCUCGUUGACGGCAUAAUCACUGAUGAUAGCGAUUGCUUCCUCUUUGGCGGCACACGGAUAUACAAGAAUAUGUUCAACCAGGGCAAGUUCGUUGAAUGCUACUUGUCUUCCGAUCUGGAGAAGGAAUACGCCCUCCAUCGCACCAAGCUGAUCAGACUUGCCCAUCUAUUGGGCAGCGAUUAUACGGAAGGUAUUCCCGGGAUUGGCCCUGUGACUGCAUUGGAAAUUCUUACAGAAUUUGCCGACUUGGAAGAGUUCAACGAAUGGUGGACACGAGUGCAGACAGGGGUCAGUAUGAGUGACAGCGAGCAUGCUGCCUUUUUCAAACGUUUCAAGAAGCAAGCUUCAAAGAUAUUCUUGCCGCCAUCCUUUCCUGAUCACCGGGUGGACAUUGCUUAUCUCGAGCCUGAGGUGGACUCCGACCCUUCGCCUUUCCAAUGGGGCGUGCCUGACCUGCAUGGUCUACGCAACUUUUUGAUGUCGACGGUUGGCUGGGGCCAAGAGCGGACCGACGAGAUUCUUGUGCCUGUUAUCCGUGAUAUGAACCGCAGAGAGCAAGAAGGCACUCAGUCAAAUAUCACCAAUUUCUUUACAGGACCCCAGGGUGCGGGCGCAUUCGCUCCUCGUGUCCGUACCGGCGGCCAGAGUCGAAUGGAGAAGGCUUUCCGUCGUCUUCAACAGCAGGCUGGGACUGCAGCAGCACCCCACCCCUCGGACGGGGAGGCUGCUCCCACUGCUGAUGUCUCGCCCGAGAACCAGCUCUCGUCUGCCAAAGAAGCGGGCACCAAACGGGGUGCGCGCAAAGCACGUGCUGUGGAUCCGGAGCAGGUGGCUGAUAAGGCUCAGACCACUAAGAAGAGGAAAACCCGCCGUGGGGCUAAUUAG